AUGGCGGCGGCAGAAGAGGAUCAGUUGGAGGCGCUGUAUCAGCCAACGUGCCUGAACGUCCAGGGCGCAAGGUGGACGAACUUCGGAUAUGCCUUGAUCGGUGGCUCCACCAUCAUCAUGGCUUGCCAGUCCUUGGGCAUCGGCCCGAAUUGGAUCUGGAAGAGUGCAGACGAUGCCACCACCGUGCUCUUCACCUUCGAGCUAUUGGUGCGGAUCUUCGAGAAAGGAUACUUGUUCUUCGUCGAAGAUGACAAGAACUGGAACUUCUUUGACGCCCUAGUUGUGGCCAUCUCCCUUUUCAGCAUGGUCAUGUCCCAACAGGCUGCGGCUUCGGCCAAUGGCCAGGCGCCCAAUGGAGCGGCCAUGCAGAAGAUGAAGGUCUUGCGCACGCUGCGCCUGCUGCGCCUGCUGCGGCUCUUCCGCGUCUUCAAAGGCGUUGAGGAGGUGAACCGCUUCGUCGAGCUGCUCCUGAACAGUGUUCGGACCGUCUUCCUCUCCAUGGUGAUUGUCGCCGCCGGUGUCGCCCUGGUGGCCACGGCGAUCAUCGCCUGCGGUGCCACGGCCAAAGCAUGGCUACGUGACCACUCGCUGCCCAAGCUUCCAGAAAUCCACUGA